GUCUCUCUUGUCGGGCCUCAACCGUGCAGCCUGUCUCGGCAUGUCGAAACUGGCUACACUGGUCUGGAACUACUGAUACUGCCCUGAUAGUACACAAUAUCACUGUCCACGGUAUCCCAAUGGGCUCGAGUAAAAGUACCAACUCGCUAAUCGGCUGACUGAUAGACAGGAGACAGCCGCAAGCAUCAUUCCAAGACACGUGUAACAUGUGGUCUGUUGGACUCUUAUUUUUUAUUCUUUUUUGGCUUGGAUCAAUAGGUAACGCCCGUGGGACGCUCACUUCUCUCAAAUCGGGCUCAAUGAGCAUCGCCAAUGGCGCUGUCUGCCAAUUGGCGCGCCGCCUGGGCGCGACUGCUUGACUGCUGUCAAUGGAUUGCGGG